ACGAGACACAAUGGCCAAAGGAAAGAACAAGACUUCGGAAGACAGAAACAACAACUCCAGAACUUCGAAUGGGCACAAAUCCAAACAACACCAUGUCAGAAAAGGAAGACAAGAAACUGGUGCUUCUACGGGUUCAGGCAAUGGUGAGAAGUUUCCUACCAAGCUAGCCAUGUGGGAUUUCGACCACUGUGAUCCUAAGAGAUGUAGUGGGAAAAAGCUUGAGAGAUUAGGAUUGAUCAAGAAUCUUCGUGUAGGCCAAAAAUUUGCUGGUGUUGUCGUUUCUCCAAAUGGAAAAGGAGUUGUAUGUCCUGAUGAUAAGGAAAUUGUCGAAAGUAACGGAGCUGCUGUUGUAGAAUGUUCGUGGGCCCGAUUGGAUGAGAUUCCUUUUAAUAAGAUCGGAGGUAAGAAUGAGAGAUUAUUGCCGUAUUUGGUAGCUGCCAACCCGGUCAAUUAUGGCAAACCCUGGAAACUCAACUGUGUAGAGGCGCUUGCUGCAUGCUUUGCUAUUGUAGGACACAUUGACUGGGCCGAGCUUCUUUUGGAAAACUUUUCCUGGGGAUUGACAUUCUUGAAGAUCAACGAAGAGUUGAUUAGGGUGUAUCAGAAAUGUACAGAUUCUACAUCUGUGCAGAAGGCACAGGAUGAGUGGUUAGAAAAGAUUGAAAACGAGUCCAAAGAGAGAAAGCAAAAAGCUCAGACUGGUGAUGUGUGGAUGACAGGCAAUACGCUUCAAGAGGGACUAGAUGAAGCGUCUUCUGAUAGCGACGAAGACACCGAUGAAGACAGUGACGAGGACAGCGAAGAAGAUACAGACGAGGAAAGUGAAGAAGAUAAGCCCAGAUACGAUAGUCUUGGAAAUUUGAUAGAAGAGGAAGAUAAGGAGCCAAAAUACGAUAGCCUCGGAAACCUCAUUACAAAAACCACCAACCUUUCCUUAUAG